CUCAUCGAGGAAGAAGUUAAACCACAUCGAGGAAGAAGUUAAACCUCAUCGAGGAAGAAAAAGAAGUUGACGUCUGAUUUUUACUUCUGUGUUCUAAGUGAAAGUAAGCAACAUCGAGGCCACGACACCGAACUUACUGGUUGAGAUCGAAGCUCAGUAAAGGGAAAUCAAAGCUGUGUAAAGGAAAUAACAGUAACCAUGGCUCCAACAUUGUAUGAUAAGAAGCCGGAGCCAGGGGAUCUGAUAGAGAUAUUCAGAGGGAACUACCAGCACUGGGCUUUGUACGUUGGUGACGGUUUUGUUGUUCACCUGGCCCCACCCUCCGAGGGACCUGGGGCCAGGGCCAACAGCAUGAUGUCUGUGCUCAGUGACACGGCUAAGGUGAAGAAGGAAGAGAUCUGGGACGUGGUGGGGCAUGAUCAGUGGUGUGUAAACAACCAGCUGGAUGAGAAGUACCAGGUCAGACCCAUACGUGAGAUACUGAGGGAAGCCCAGGCCUAUGUGGACCAGGAGAUGCCCUACUGUGUCUUCAGGGGGAACUGUGAGCACUUUGUCACAGAMCUGAGAUAUGGGAAGGCUGAGUCUCGACAGGUUCGUCAGGCUGUGGAAACUGUGGGAAUGGCUGCAAUGGUGGGCUUCGGAGUCCUUGCUGUUGCAGGUAUCGCAGCGGCCAUCUUUGGAGGUGGAAGCAAGAAGAAGAAUGAAGAAGAAGAAUAUAAGUGACCAACUGUAUAAUAGCUUCCUGAGCAGCCAGUCACCAAUAAGCCUAAUAGAUUAAUUAUUUAACUCCAGUACUGCCAUCGUCACUUGUAUAAUUCUGGGGAUUUCAGAAGGAAGGGUUGAGUAUUUCCAUAAUAUUUUUUUUUUUACAGUUACACAGACAUGAAUUGAAAGCACAAAGGAAAGGAGGAAAAGUGUCUGUUAUAAUUCCAAGGUGUACAGCCUUGGCGGGGCCAUAACCUUGCAGGCUGCUAGACUAAGCUAGCUAUUUUUUAUUGUCAGUUACUUAUAAGCAGUGAUGG